ACCGCAGAAUUGCUAAUUGAAAUCUAGAUUGGCUUCAUUCACAAUCAAAUUAAUGGAUCGUGUGGAAGAUCUAUAUGCAAAUCUAAUUCGGACAAACAAAAUCUUUGUACAAUGGACAACUUAAAUGCAGAGGUCUAUUCACUUUAAGAGGGGUACGGUGACGUGAGUUCCAUGAUGAUGGUGCUCAUGACGCCACACCAACCACAGAGCGACGGCGAUAACAUCAUGUCGAAACAGAUUUUUACUCGUAUUCCUCGUCUCUGCAACGCCCAUGUUUUAUCCAAACAACUUGCAUGGCCAAUCUGGAUUGGAAAUGGCCGCCAAACUACCUUCUGCGCUCGCUUGCCAUGACUCCUCCACAGCACUUGAAUUUCCUAGGGAAGAGAUUCUAAAUUGCUUGGGAGAGUCGGGUCGCCAAUUAAUUACAUCCUUUGCACCACAAACCCCACAGGAAGAUAACCCUAAUUUCAGUAGUAUUAGUAGGAUUGCUACCGACGAGGAGGAAAUGGAUGUCAUAAAAGCUAAGAUGUUAGGGCAUCCAGAGUUUCGUUGUUUGUUGGAAGCCUAUAUCCACUGCAUUACUGUUGGGGGUACCCCAGAAAUUGUGACCUGUUUAGACGCCGCUAUUAAAGACUUUGACAAUCGACAGAACGAGAUGAUUAUGAACAUUGGAAUGGAUCCAGAACUUGAUAUGUUUAUGGAGACUUACUGCGAGAUGUUAAGUACGUUGCGAGAGAAGCUUGCGAAGCCAUUCAUGGAAACCAUGUCAUUUUUUAAGAAGAUUGAAGCUCAGCUCAGCUCUCUGAACAAUGAAACAAUCAGUACUACGCAUUCAGCCGAGAGUGAUGAGAGAACGGAGGGAGGUGGUUCCAUGGACGAGGAAGAUAGCAUCACGGGUGAGAAGGACUACCAGUGGGCGGAUCAGCAUUCAGAAGAAAGAGAAUUGAAGGACCUUUUGCUUCGUAAAUAUGGUGGAUAUCUAGGCCGUCUUAGACAAAGAUUUAUGAAGAAGAAAAAGGGAGGCAAGCUCCCCAAGGAGGCACGGCAGAAACUGCUUCAUUGGUGGGAUCUGCACCAGAAGUGGCCUUAUCCUUCGGAUACUGAAAAGAUGGCUUUGGCAGAAUAUACUCGGCUGGAUCCCAAGCAAAUCAAUAAUUGGUUCAUAAACCAAAGGAAGCGCCACUGGAAGUUUGAUUCUGAAGAUACCGAAUUCGAGCUAAUGGGCACUCACAGGACUCGUACUGCUGAGAUUUUCUUGGAGUGAUCUUCCUUUCAUUUAGAUCGAUGAGAGGACUUUUAUUUUCAGCGCGUUCUGAAGUUAUUAUGUAUUUACCUAACUUUUCUGAAUCAGUUUGUAAAUAUUGCCCUAUAAGUAUAGUUUCAAGCAAAACUGUCUUUGAUGCUCAUAAUUAUUACUGAUAUUGCGAUUCACAUCAUAUAAAUGUGUAUUUUAUACACACUGAUUCUUAAAUUGUUCCGGGUAUAUAGAUAGUAAGGAAUAUUGUGAUCAUCAUCAUAUAAAUAUGUAUUUAAUGCAAGUUGGUUCUUAAAA